AACUAAAACGUAUUUUCGGCAAUUAAUACCGACAUGAAUGACGAUAAACAUGGGUCCUGAAUACGGCAAGAUUGCUAUCGGCAUAUCUGCAGCUACCGGUGUUGUUUUGGUAUCCUUCCUGCUUCUUAAAAAAUUUGGAUACAAUGUUAAAUCUGAAACAAAAGAAGAGCAAGUAGGAGAUGGUGUCCGUGAGGAGAAAAUAACUCAGGAGAAGGUUGAAGAAUCUGCUGCUAGUAGUGAACUGCAAGGGUUUAUUGAGAAAGAUGGUGAAUUGCAGGGCAUUCCAGAUAAAUGGAUACAUGAAGAAAAGAAUGAUUUGACCACUUCUUUGCCUGAACCAGGUGGUCAGAAUCAACAGAGUUUUAUUCUUAUUGGUGAAGAUGAUAUUCCAGAAAAUAAUUUAGAAGGGGACACUCCUGGAAAUGCGACCAAAAAGUCUGACAGAAGCAGCGAUGAGAGCUCUUAUGAUGUAAUUGAAAAUGACAGACUUGAUGAUCAUAUAGACGACGAGGAUGUCAUAGCGGAUAAUGACACCAAGACUGCCCUUGAUGCUAAGGCAGAGGAGGAUGUGAACUCCACAAGCAUGGUGUUUGUCGAGGAAUCUCCAUUCAGUUAUCAGGCUAAGUCUGGCUCCUCAUUGUUUGUCUCUGCAGAUGAACUUCAAGCUGAAGACAAUGACAUAGAUGUGGCACCGGCAGCCUCAGAUAAGGCUCAUUUUGAUAAAGAGGAAAUUGAAAACUUGGACAAUUCUGCUACUCAAGAUAAUGUAUCAGUCAAUAACUCCAGCUCUUUAGCAGCAACACUUGAUGAAACUAAUGCUAAUCAGGAAGUUCCAUUAGUUGAUGCCAUAAUGUCCCAGGAAUCAGAAACACCCCAGAAGGAUGAUGAAUAUACAAGUCCAGUUGAAGAGUCUGUGAAAAAUGAUGAUAAUGAAAAUUUAGAAGAGCAGGCUGAAGAUUUGGACAACAGCAAAGAAGAAAUCCCAUUAUCUGCAGUGCAAGAUGUCACUUUGAAGGAAGAACUAGACACAGAUGACUCUAAUACUCUUGACAUUCAGAAAGCCACUGAGGUAUUGUUUACGUGUCAGAACUCUCCAGGGAAUGUAACUCAUGAUGACAUUGUUCAUUUGGUAGAAAUUCUCAACAAAAACAAUCCUACACUUCAGACUACAGUCUUAGAUAGUCUUGUGAAAGUGACAGCUUUUACUCAGAACAUUCAUACCUUAAGAGAAUGUGGAUGCCCUGAGAUUCUUGUCCAACGUAUUAAAGAUCUGAGCUCAGAGCCUGAGUUUGAUGAAAAACAAAUGACUUCCAUCUGCAAUGUUUUGACCAACUUGAGUCUAGAUCCUAAAAUACAGCAGCAACUAGGCGAUGUUGUGCCUGUGUUGAGUAGAGUGGUGCAACUGGAAGGUGUGAGUGAACCACUGUUGCUCUCUGCACUACGCCCGCUGGUCAACUUGUCCUCUGAGAGUGUUCAUCACCAGCUUUACGGCAACUUAGUCAGCACACUCUACUCUUUAUUGUGUUCUGGCUCUCAUGCUGUCAAAGUCCUCAGCGUGAAAGUUCUGGUCAACUUGUCUAUAAACAAUGACUUUGUUCAGGAUCUCCUGGCAGCCAAGGCACCAGCUAGCUUUAUAAAUGUGAUGGACCCGCCAUGUUCUGAUGAUUUGCUGUUGCGCUAUGUGACCAUGCUGACCAACUUGUACUGUGUCAUUUGCACUUCUACAGAGCUCAGUCUUGAUGCUAGCACUUUAGCUCCAGAUUCUGUGUUUAGCAUGUUGAGUAAUGAGCAGAACAAGUCAGCCAUUCGAGCCAAGGCCCUGAACCUGACUAGACACAUUGAUGAAGAUUUGAGUUAUGAAGCUUCUAAACUCAACAACUAUCUAAGUUAGUCCAAAUCUGAAAAAAACUUUCUUUUUUUUUCCCCACGUUUGAAUAAAAUUAAGAAAUUUUAAAUUAUUAAUUCACAGCUAGAGAACUGUGGUCUUUUGAAACGAAUAUUUUUGGUUAACAUUUUUCCAUUGGACAUUCCUAAAUACAGAUAUUUUAGGGUUAAAAAAAAAAUCCAUGAAAUGUACAUACCUAAAAGAGAGAAAAUUACUACAAAUUCAUGUUAGUAGCACAAGUGAAUGCUGCUUGUUGAUUUUGCUUGGGAAUAUUGUAUAUCUUUGUUUAUUUGAUAAUUUUGACUUCCAUACUAUUGAAACAUUCAAAUUUUGCAGUCUGAUGUCUGUGUGAAUUAAAUCUAAAGGGCUUUCAGAUGUGUGUUAAAUUGAAGGUGCUAAGUUGGUGUCACUAUAUGUGUUCUGCAUGGAGUGCUAAGUUGUGUCACUGUCACUAUUAUGUGUUGUCUUUAAGUAUUCUGUAAUGUCAGUGAUAUGUCAUCACUAAAAGUAUUUUGCAAUGAGUGACAAGUUGUGUCUGUUAGGUGUUAUUUAUUGUUAGUGUUAUGUAGUGUUCUGUUAGGUCACCAGGGCUGUUUUAGCUGUUGUUGUAACCUGAUAGUAUCAUGAAGUCUUAGUUACUUGCUGUGAAAUAGACUGAGUGGAUAUAGAUAGUCUAUCCAUCUAGUUUGUAGGCUUAGGUUGACUUUGUUCUUAUCUUAUAUAAUACAAUCUUACUUCAAAAAAGAGAAUUUACUGUUCAAUUGUUGGUAGAGCUGAAAGUUCAGACAUUUUCUUUGAACCUUUUUCUUAUUUUUUAAAUUUAAUACUGUACAUCUUGAAAAUUAUUUUUAAAUAUUAGUUUAAUUAACUAAUGGUAUAAUCUACAUUUGUCUAUUUUAAUCAAGAAUGAAACACCACUUUCACUUGAAUACAGACUUGUUAUAAAACAAAAGAGUUGAAAACUUUAUACAGAUAUAGGAAAGAAUCGUUAUUGUUAAGAAAACUACAAAGAUAAACAGUACAAAUUGAUGAAAGUCAUUAGAUGUUUUAAUCUUCAGUCCCCAUGGAGAGAUUUUUAGUUAAUAACUUGUGAAGUUGAUAUCAGUUUGCAUAGUUUUACACAUACACAUAGUUUUGAAAGAUAUUUAAAACAAAAAUAAAUGGUCUUUUAUUUUUUAUUUUAAUACUGUACUAUCUUUUUUUAUAGUCAACUUUAUAUGCAUAUCUGUUGCUUUUCUGCUAUCUGCCUAUUGUACUAUAUAUAUAUAACUUGUUUUUCAUCCCAUAUUGCAGUAUUAUGCUAGAUGUUCAAUUAAAGAUUUUGACAAAUUAA